GUGAAAUUUUACCUGUUCAUUGACGCGUAAAGAUAAAAACAAUAUGGCGGUGUAAAGAAUUUUCAAUUUUAGCUAUAUUUAGUAACAGUUCAGUAUUUGAAACAGGAAACGAUUUUGCUGUUGUUAAUUUGUGAUUUAAAUUGAAAGGGAAAAACCAUGGGCUGGGCGCUGAACAUCGCGUUCCUCUGUUCUUUGACCUGCUGCAUUCUCAACAUCAUUGCCGUAGCUCUACCAUACUGGCUGUACACUGAGAGACCCAACAAGGCUUAUCAGGGCCUAUGGCAACGCUGCGAACCCAGCUUGCUCAGUGGCACUGGGACCGAGCUGCGAUGCGAGAUCAUCAAGUUGCCGCCAGAGUUCCUGGAUCUGGUUCGCGUGUUCAUGCUGGUAGGUCUGGGCUUCUACAUGCUGGCCACAUUCUUCUGCUUCCGGUACACAUUCAUGUCCAGUGAUAGGCCAGGCUUCAUCACCGCGGCAACCGUGUUCAUCACGAUUGGAGCCUUCCUGUGCCUGAUUUCCGUGGUUGUGUAUGGCUCCCUGUAUCCUCGAUUACUGCGCGUGCAACACCUGGGUCUUCAUGCAGGAUUCGGAAUUGCAGUCUGCUGCGUCAUAGCCGGUUUUCUCAAUGUCAUUCUCUACUGCAUGGCCCGGGCCAAGGGAGACGUGGAUUAGUGUGAACAGAAUGGUACCACUGCAAGGAUGAUAAGCCUUUUCUCACCUUUUUUUCAUAUGAGCAUUAAGCAAGGGAUAUUGUUGAGAUUUUUUUAUAUUAUAUAAUGGUAGAAAAUCUGUACAAAUAUUGAUUACGAUUCUGAUGUUCGUUGACGUCAAUAAAAUUAUGUGAUCCUAUAGGGUGUGGCCAGUUUUUACCCAAGGGUCAGAAACAUGUUGUUUAAAUAUAUUUUUGGUUUUGAAAACGGUUUUAAAGAAGUAAAUGGCAAAUUUUAAAUGUAAAACAAUAGGAACUACUUAACACACAUUUGUGUCAAAAUCUUGAAAUAGCUGACAUUCUUACACAAAAUUUAAACUUUCACACUUGGACUACUGUUCUUUAACUUUUACUUAAACAACAGGGCCCGUUUUUACCAACCAAUUCUUAGACUAAAGUCUAAAAAUAACGAAUAUUUUUCAAACUGUAAUGCUCUUAAUGUUCCUUAUUGUUGAGUGUAAUUUGACAUUUGACACCUCCAAUGACAUCAUUCUUUACCUUGAACCUGAAGCGUAUGCCAAAACACCAUUUAUACUAGCCAGUAUCUUUUCAAACUUUAAAGUAAGAUUGUUUUGGACCAAAGUAUAUUCGUUAUACUUAAUUCUUAGGAUUAAUUUGUAAAUACCAGUCCUGGUGUAUAGUUUGUUGCAAUUGUUUUAGAGCAGUAUAGAAUAAAUCAGAUCUGUACAUACAUGUAUAUUAAUCAUUUAUAUACAUUUUGUACUCUUACAAUACAUUUGUAGUAAUAUUUCAAUAUUUUCAUGGCAUUUUUAUGUAUGUAUUUUUUCACAACUUCUGUAUAUAAUCGACUGUAGUAAUCAUUCAAAAGCUUCUGUUAGAAUUCAUUACUUGAAUACCAGUAAGUGAUUGAAAUAAAAGACAUUUGUUUUCAGUUGAAUUUGAUGUGCUGCAAUGAAUUCCCAUAUAAAGAUGUAUAUAAGUAACACCAUACAUAUAUGCAAAAUGUUAACAUGUACGUAUAAUCAAAGGCUCUUGUAUCAAAAAAGAUAUUGUACCAGGUAGAUAUUUUUAUUAUGUUGUACAUAAUUAUAGUUCUUUAUCAAGCCACGAAUAUGCCGUAGUGCGUUAAAGCGAUUUUAAAGUUCAAUGUUAUAGGUAAUAAGUAAUCAAUGUUUACUCUCUUGAUUUUUUCAGAAUAUGCCAUGUGGUUUAAUGCAUCUUUUUUAAAGCAUAAUUUUAAAGGUCUUUAAAAAAACUUCAAGUAAAUGUCCAAUUUAUUUCGCUUCAUUUCGUUCCGGAAAUUCAACAUUCAUCACCAUUGUUUUUGUGAAAAAAAUUGAAUUAAAAAACAACAACUGCAUAUAUCUUUGACAAAGCACUCUGGAAUCAAAUAUCAAUGAGUAGAACGUGUAUCACGUUCUUCCAGAUAUGUAUCUGCUGCAUAAAAUCAGGUGUCGUGUUUUUAUGCCCCCGGUAGGGUGGCAUAUAGCAGUUGAACUGUCCGUCAGUCUGUCUGUCUGUCCAAAAACUUAAACAUUGGCCAUAACUUUUGAAAUAUUGAAGAUAGCAACUUGAUAUUUGGCAUGCAUGUGUAUCUCAUGGAGCUGCACAUUUUGAGUGGUGAAAGGUCAAGGUCAUCCUUCAAGGUCAAAGGUAAAAAAAACAAAUCCAAGGGAAGUUACAAGCUUUAAAGGGAGAUAAUUUAUAUUUAUCAUUAGGCAGGUACAGAUAAUUUUUACAAGGGAAUUAAUAUUUUUUAUUAUAUCCCUUUAAAAAAAUAAUAUUUCCCUUGUAAAAAUUAUCUGUACCUGCCAAAUGAUAAAAAAACAUUAAAUAAAUCAAAGCGGCGCAGUAGGGUGCAUAGUGUUUCUGACAAACACAUCUCUUGUUAUAUAAAUAGUGAACACUUUUUUCUGAAUCAGACUCACCAAUGGCAUUUGCAGAAACUGCUUGAAGUACAAAUGUCAAACUUUAGUUUCAAGCAUUUGGCGAGAGUUAUUGAUAAAAUGAAUGUGUUAUGAUUCGGACGUUAUGUGACAUUACAAAACGUUUUUGAAUUUAUCACACGUAGCCAAAAUUGGGUUGUUUAGUGUAAACACUGUGUUUUGGUAUAGUCUUAUAAUUAUGUCCUUGUUGCAGCUACAAAUUUACAGUCAGGCAUACAGUGCUCGCUCGUAUUAUGAAACAAUAUUUAUCCCACUUGUACCGCGAAAUAUUUUCGACAAAAUGACGUCAUAAAUCCAGCGAAAUUAUCCUUUUAAACCAAUUUUGUUUAAAUAAAAAGGUUUACUGAAUAAACAGAGGGAUAAAUAGAAUAAUAGAUUAGUGUUGAUUAUAGAUCAGGUUUAUCAUGCUCGCAUGAUAAACCUGGUCUAUAAUCAACACUAACCUAUUAUUCUCUAUAUAACAUAUAACAGUUGUAGUUGAAAAAUGUGUUAUUAAAGGUAAUCCCAGGUUGGUUUACACUGAUGUACGGAUUCUGUCCUUUAAAACAAAAAGCUAAGAAAUCACCAAUUACGUCAAACGAUUUGCACUUCUCCCAUCUGUUUUUCUUCAUGUUUACAUUGUUACUUGUACAUGUUAUCUGAUGUGAACGUGGAGUACUCGGGACCAUAAAAAAGGUUUUGUAAAACUAAAUUUUAUUUAGACUUGUACCAAUCCAUAUAUAUUUUUAUAUAGUAUUAACAAUUUGUAAAUAAACUGAAACAAAACUAA